AUGGAGCCCCCUGCAUUGCUGCUCUUCUUGUCCGCGUGCUGCCUGCUGCCUGUGGCGCGCGCUCUGCUCGGCUUCAGACCGGAGGCCACAGGAGCAGAGCUGUCGGUGGAGGACGGCGUGCUCGUGUCGGCGGAGGGCAGUCGCUUCUUGCUGCGGUUUUACUUUUCUCUGCCACCGCCCGGAGCUGCCGCGCGGAACCGCAGCGCCGCGCCCUGGAUCGCUUUUGUGGAGGAACCAGGCCCGGGACGCGAGCGGCAGGCGCAUCCAAAGCGGAACCUGUGCGUAGACCGCGCGGCGAGAACAUCCGACAUCGAGGUCCUGGGCUCGUUCCGCUCCGCAUCCAGCCACAACUCUGUGCUUGUAGAGCUGUGGGCCAAAGAGCUGCGCCGUGGUGAGCACAUCAAGUACUACUCCACAUGCGCCUUUGACGGGGCGCGCUGGGAGCACUACCGCACGCGGGACUUCUGGGUUGCGGUCCGUGAGCGCUCGGCGACCCCCGGGCUGUGGCUGCAGCUGCUCGUGAGCGCGCUCUUGCUCGCGCUGUCGGCACUUUUCAGUGGCCUGAACUUGAGCCUCCUCGCGCUGGACCCCGUGGAGCUGCAGGUGCUGCAGAACAGUGGCACGAGCUCAGAGCAGAACUAUGCGCGGCAGAUUGAGUCCGUGCGUCGCCACGGUAACUACGUGCUAUGCACGUUAUUGCUCGGUAAUGCCGUUAUCAACGCAGCUUUGGCCGUGUGCACGUGCCAGAUUCUGGGCAUGACCUGGAUGUCCACGCUGCUCUGCGCUUUUGCCAUCUUCUUUGUGGGAGAAAUCUUGCCACAGUCCGUGGCCUCGCGCCAUGGGCUCGCGAUCGCCUCCAAAACCAUCUGGGUCACGCGUCUGCUUAUGGUGCUAUCGUUCCCAGUGUCGUACCCCAUAAGCAAACUGCUGGAUCUCGUGCUCAACCAGGAGAUCUCAAACUUCUACACGCGCGAGAAGCUGCUGGAGAUGCUGCGCGUGACGGACCCGUAUCACGACCUCGUGAAGGAGGAGCUGAACAUCAUCCAGGGCGCGCUGGAGCUGCGCACAAAGACCGUGGAGGACGUGUUGACCCCGCUACAGGACUGCUUCAUGCUGAGUGCGGACGUGCUCCUGGACUUUGGGACCAUGUCCGAGAUCAUGCAGAGCGGGUACACGCGCAUCCCCGUGUAUGAGAACACCCGCUCCAACAUCGUGGACAUCCUGUUCGUCAAGGACCUGGCCUUCGUGGACCCGGACGACUGCACUUCACUCAAAACCAUCACACAGUUCUACAAGCACCCACUGCACUGCGUCUUCAACGACACCAAACUGGACGCCAUGUUAGAGGAGUUCAAGAAAGGGAAGUCCCACUUGGCCAUAGUGCAGCGCGUGAAUAACGAAGGAGAAGGAGAUCCAUUCUAUGAAGUGAUGGGGAUCGUGACUCUGGAGGACGUCAUCGAAGAAAUUAUAAAGUCUGAGAUCCUGGACGAGACAGACCUCUACACGGAUAAUCGCACAAAGCGCCGUGUCUCACACCAUGAGCAAAAGCAGCAGGAUUUUUCCAUUUUCAAACUGAACGAAAAUGAAAUGAAGGUGAAGAUCUCUCCCCAGCUGCUCCUGGCCACGCAUCGCUUCCUCUCCACAGAGGUGGAGCCGUUCAAAUCUUCUCACGUCUCAGAGAAGAUCUUGCUGCUUCUGAUCAAACACCCCAGUGUACUCCAGGAACUCAAAUUUGAUGAGAAAAACAAAAGAGCACCACAACAUUUUCUGUUCCAGAGAAAUAAACCUGUCGACUACUUCAUCCUCAUCUUGCAGGGUCGAGUCGAAGUGGAAUUCGGAAAAGAGGCCUUAAAGUUUGAAAAUGGCGCUUUCUCAUAUUUUGGUGUUCCUGCAAUAAUGCCAUCCAUUCACAGGUCCCCCUCCCGCAGCAGUGGAUUGGACCGGUCCGACUCCAUGCUCUAUGGUGGCAGUAUGGGGCAGCUAAAUGGAGGGUCAAACCUGUACUUACCUGACUACUCUGUCAGACAACUCACACAUCUCCAGGUCAUCAAGAUCAGCCGCAGUCACUAUCAGAAUGCGGUCACUGCUUCUCGGAUGGACAGCUCCCCUCAGAGUCCAGACCCAGAAGGACGGCCCACAGAUGGGACCAGCCUGACUCCUGAGGCCCCGCCUACAGAUCACAUGAACAGGCUCCUCCCACCAGACCAUGCCCCUCCCGAUCACAUGACCAGAUUGCUGCCCCCUGACCACACCCCAUCUGAUCACAUGAUCAGACUCCUCCCACCAGACCACGCCCUUUCACAGCAAAGCUCAACCCUCAUGCCACCGCCACGGGAACCAGGGCGCCCGGGUUCCGCUCGCACGCGAUCAGUGCAGGCCAGCUCCACACACUGCACCUCUCUGCUCAAUGAGAAGAACCGCAUUGUUCGCAGUAAGUCAGACGGUCAAAGGAGUCCCAGUGAUUCUGUGUUUUUGAGGAUGGACGAUAUCCCAUACAUUCGAGAGGACCGUACAGAAACAGACACCAACCCUGACCUGGUUUCAGGCGUGGACUCGGACACGUCUCCGUUUCUCAGCAGUAGUGGUCUCUCUAUGAGCGGCUCUGAGGAUACUCUGGGGAAGAAACUCCUGCUCAAACUGAGUCACAAAAAGAGGAAAAGGUCUCGUGAAGGAGAGAGGACUCCAGAGGACAUCUCCGAGCAGCCGCUGGUCGAGACAUGACUUUCCCCAAAGAAACUGCAGCUGUUUGAAAAGACAGAUGCACACGCACUUUCAGAGUUUUAUCUGAACUACACUGUUAAACGAUACAACAAAACAAGAUGGACACUUCAACCAGGACAGUGCAAAUCC